AUGGCGCAGAUGUCGCUCUGCCUCCUUUUCUCGCUUGUGACCAUGGGGGUAGCCGUUCGCUCCGAGUCUGAGUCUGAGCUUAUCGCGAAUGGGACCGAGUCCCACUCAGCGGAUUGGUGCUGGAACUGCUGUAAGACCCCGAAGUGCUCCGGGAUCAAGUACAUGACCUCCGGCGGCCGGCAAGUUUUCUUCCAGAACUGCCAGGCUAUAGAGGGCAAGUGGGAAGUCGAAGGAACUGCGGUCAAGCCAGAGAUGCUUGGGUCGAUGAAGUGGAAGUUCAAUAGCGGGGCCGACUACAUGUGCCGUGAGGAUUGCGCAGUUUUCGAGGAUACAGGUGCCAUCAGGCCACCCAAACUCUUCAGCCACCAGACAGUCUACCGUGCUGGGGGAGUUGCAGAUGGUCUGCAAUGUGCUUUUGGGCUGAUGGAGGUAAAUGGAAAAUUGGUGAGUUAA